AUGCAGCCGGUGGCAGGCAACGAGCGCUUGCCAAGCGAUGUGCUUUGCUUGAAGGACAUGAGCAAUCUCUCUCUGAAAGUCAUUGAGGCUAGAAGCAGCGAAAUUGCGGCUGUGCUGGUCAAUCCGUUGCAGUGCUUUCACCUCAACCAGUCACCACCAAGUGAUCCGGUGCUCUCCUCCAACAACCGCAAGGUGGGCCCAAGCCCAGGCUACAAGGAAUGGUUGCAUCGACUGCGAGACACCUGCAAGCAAGGAGGAAUUCCCCUGAUCUUCGAUGAGGUUUACACAGGAUUCCGGUUGCAUCCAAGAGGAGCUCAAGGUGCUUAUGACGUGAAGGCUGACAUUGUUUGCUACGGCAAGACGCUGGGUGGCGGCCUACCGAUCGGUGUGGUCUGUGGGCCAACGGAUUUGAUGGCUCGAGGCGAUGCCCGAAAGGCUGCCCGGGUCAACUACGUCAUUGGCACCUUUGCCGGUCAUCCCUUCGUCAUGGCCAGCAUGAAUGCCUUCUUGAAGUGGUUGGAGACACCUGAAACCACGAAGUCCUACGAUGUCAUGCACGGCAACAUCGACAGCUUCAUAAAGACAGCAAACGCGAAAUUCCAGGAGAGAGGUUUUCCGAUUCAGUUGACAAAUUGGUUUUCAGUGUGGUCGAUUUUGUACACCAAGCCCGGCCGAUAUCACUGGCUUUUCCAGUACUUUUUGAAGGAUGCCGGUGUCAGCCUUAGUUGGGUUGGCACUGGCAGACUUCUUUUCUCCCUUGAAUGGAAGAAGGAAGACUAUGAUAGAUUGCUUGAACGCUUGCUAGCAGCCUGUGAGCAGAUGCAGAAGGGCGGCUGGUGGGAAGAACCGAAGGCCAAUAUCAAGGCAAAGCUGGGAGUCGAGAUUGGCACCGCAGUUUUCAAGAAUCUUCUUGGCCUUACUGGUUGA